AACUUGCAUAUGUGAGGACCCCACUGCAGCUUGGAAUCAACUGUUAUACCAAGAAAAACUGUCGAAUCCACAAGCUCCAGUGUCUCUCCACUUACAGUAAUAUUAGUGUCAACUUGUCUAACAUUAGGUGUGGUAAAUUGUAUACAUUUUGUUUUUUCGUUAUUUAAUAUAACAGAUUAUUAACACUAAACCAAUGUACCACGCGCGAGAUAGCAUCAUUCACAUCGUCAUAAUCUUCCAAAUGUCGUUUAAUUUUAAACAAUAAUGAUGUAUCAUCAGCGAAUAAUACGACAUCGUGACGGGUUUCAAUAAACUUAGGUAAAUCAUUGAUAUAUACAAGAAAUAGGAAGGGACCCAAUAUGGAACCCUGAGGAACACCCAUAUUAAGUAAGACACCGGAAGAUCUCGUUCCUUUAACGUCUACCUUUUGGAUUCUUCCGGAUAAAUAAGAUUUAAUAAGUUCUAAUGAAACGCCCCUAAUACCAUAAUGGUGUAAUUUCCUCAACAAUGUAUUAUGCUCAACACAAUCAAAAGCUUUAGAUAAGUCGCAGAAAACCCCAAGGGCAUUAUGCGACUCUUCCCAAGCCUGAAAAAUAUUUUUAAUGAGAUCUACACCUGCAUCAAUAGUUGACCGACCUCUAGUGAAUCCAUAUUGUUUGUUAUGAAGCAGGUUAUUGGAAUUGAAGUGGUUCAAAAGUUGUUCCAGAAUAAUUUUUUCAAAAAUUUUACUCAAUGUAGGUAGUACUGAAAUGGGCCUAAAGUUAGAGGGGUCAAAAGUACUACCAGAUUUAAAUAAAGGUAUUAUUUUACUAUAUUUCAUUAGAUCAGGAAACACACCACCAUCAAUACAGUCAUUAAAUAUUGUAGCAAGGUAAGGUGCAAUUAUAUCAAUAAUGGAUUUUAUAACAUUAAUUGAAAUUCCCCAUAAAUAAUAGCGAUGCGUCGCCAGGGUCGGAUAUGUAAUUAGCGGCGGCCACGAUAAGAGGGUUAUCGCGUCGCGUGUCGAAGCAGCGUUAUGACGCUUCCUUAAUGUGCUUUUGUAACGAUUCUAAAAGAUCGACAUUCCUCACGUACCACGAUGCUGCAAUUGCUAUCCUGCAAAAACGAGAUUGGAUUGGAUGAUGAUUAUUUGGAGAGUUAAUGCCUAUGCGGUCCGCGCAAGCGAACACUACAAUUAAAUAGGUCAUGAGAUCUGACGACGACAUUAAAGUUUUAUAAGAAAGAGCACUGUCAACUUCGCAAUAUUCCACGCAUUCAUAUGUUAGUUAGAAAAUUAUAACAUAGUUAAAUGAAUUUAUAGCGCAUAAAAAUAUUAAAAAAAAAAAGUUUUUUGGAUAAUUAAAUCCGAAGGAUCUCUAAAAGAUAUUAUAAAUACGACUGUCUCAUUGAAUCACUGCGUAUUGUGUGCAAAAUCAGCAUUAUGGUUGGUCAAAAUCAAGUCAGGAACGGAAACUCAUUCAGGUUUUCCAUGAACGACGAUGCAGAAUUAUACGAAAAUAGUAACAGUAUUCCGAGGCAGGAUGCAGCUGACACUUUAAAUGAGUAUUCGUCAAGAUUAAACUGGAAAGAAACGGGAGAAAGUAUAUUAGACAUAGGAUGUGGCGAUGGAAGUGUCACUGAUAUCCUGAGAUCAUACUUACCAACAAGUAGAAAGAUUUUGUUGGGCUGCGAUAUCAACGAGAGAAUGGUCAAACACGCCGAAGAGCGUUACGGAAAUAAGACGACAGCAUUUACUGUACUUAAUAUAGAAGGGGAUAUUCCCGAUGAGAUGAAAGGACAAUUCGAUCAUGUUUUCUCAUUUUACACAUUACAUUGGAUUCGGAACCAGGAAAAAGGGUUUACAAAUAUUCAUAAUCUGAUGAGUAAUGAUGGAGAAUGCCUUUUAACCUUUCUCGCAUAUUCGCCAAUGUAUAGUUUGUUCGAAGGACUCAAAGACUCCCCCAAAUGGACUGCAUGGCUUAAGGAUUUCAAUCUAUUCGUUUCGCCUUAUCAUGACUGUAUGGAACCGGAUCGUGUUAUUGAAAAACUGUUUAAGAAAAUCGGCUUUCGAUUCAUAGAUGUUCGUUCCAGACAAAAGAAAUUUGUAUACAACAAGAUAUCCGAUUUCAAAAUUACAGCGUCAGCAAUAAAUCCCUUCAAAAUCCCGGAACAUAUGCUAGAAGAAUUUUUGAACGACCUUAUGGAAGUGGGAGAAGGAAUGGGAAUAAUUGAUAAAACAAAAAAUACCGUUAAUAUGUUAUAUAAUUUGCUUAUAGUACACGGUAGAAAAUAAUUUCUGAAUUAAGUUAAUUUAGAACUCUAAUAUAGUCAGGGUUAACUUCUAGGGGUGAGAAAAAAUAGUUUUUGUAUGAUGACGAGCUUUUUAGGUAACGGCUAAAUAUAAAAUAGGUAACAAUUUUUGAAUGAUAUGAUGAUAUGAAUUGUUUUAAUAUACUUUAAGAAAAUUU